AUUUUUUCUUGUCUGUGCUGAAUUAUUUUUGUUGUGCAAAAAAAAACGGUUUACUGUGCGUAAAACGUUGGAAAUUUGCAUUUAAGUGCAAAUAUGGCAUCAGAGGAAGAGAAUGACGAUAAUUUCCAGGAAGAGGAAGAGGCCGUAGAGGAUACUGCGCAGGUGGCAGAGCUAUCCAAUGAUUCCGAUGCGCCAUUGAAGCCCAAUAAUGACGAGGACGAUGAUUAUGAGCCGGAUGACAAUCGCAAGAAGAAGAAGGGCAAGAAGCGCAAAACCAAGAAGGGCGAGGAGAAGGGGCGUAAAAAGAAGAAGCGCAAGAAGAAUGAAAGCGAAGAGGACAGCGACUUUGUGCAGCAUGAUGAGGAGGUGGAAUACCCCAGCACUUCAUCCAAGCGCGGACGCAAACGCAAAGAGGAAAAGCAAGCGCAAAGAGAAAAGGAGUCUUCAUCUUCAGGCAUGCCCUCGGUGGAGGACGUGUGCUCUGCUUUCAGCGUAUGCGAUGUAGAGAUUGAAUACAGCGAGGACGAUCUGCAAAGUUUGACUACGUACAAGUCGUUCACCCAGCACGUGCGUCCCAUAUUGCAAAAGGAGAAUCCCAAGAUUGCAGCGCCCAAGCUUAUGAUGCUGGUGGCCGCCAAGUGGCGUGAGUUUUGCGAGAGUAAUCCCCAUAUACAACAGGAGCAGCCUCCAGCUGCUGCUCCAGAGGCCGAUGAGCCACGCUCCUCACGCAGCUCGCGCAAUGAGAAGCCCGACGAUAUCUAUGAGGAGGAGGAAGACGAGGAAGAAAAGCUUGAAGAGGAAGAGGAGGAGAAGAAGCCACGUCGCAAGCGCAGCGGACGCAGCAGCAACAAAAAGGGGCGUCGUCCCUCUGGCAAGGUGCCUACGCUGAAGAUUAAGUUUGGUAAACGCAAGCGCGACAGCUCCGAUGAGGAGCCAGAAGCCAGCGGUGCUUCUGAGCGUGAUUCGGAUUUGGAAUUCGAGCGUAUGCUGCAAAAGUCCGAUGAAAGCGCUGAUGAAAAGGAAACGGAGAAGUCUAAGCCGGUCGCGGAGGCAACAGCUGCUGGUGCUGGCGCACAGGAGGAUGGUGCGCCUGUGGUGCGCAAAAAGGCCAAGACCAAGAUUGGCAACAAGUUCAAGAAGAAGAGCAAGCUAAAGAAAACCAAGAACUUCCCAGAGGGUGAAGAUGGCGAGCACGAGCAUCAGGAUUAUUGCGAGGUGUGCCAACAGGGCGGUGAGAUUAUACUGUGCGACACCUGUCCACGCGCCUAUCAUUUGGUUUGCCUGGAACCAGAGCUGGAUGAGCCGCCAGAGGGCAAGUGGUCGUGUCCGCAUUGCGAGGCCGAUGGCGGUGCCGCCGAAGAGGAGGACGAUGAUGAGCAUCAGGAGUUUUGUCGCGUGUGCAAGGAUGGCGGCGAGCUGCUCUGCUGCGACUCUUGCCCAUCGGCUUAUCACACUUUCUGUUUGAAUCCGCCACUGGACACCAUACCCGACGGCGAUUGGCGCUGCCCACGCUGCAGCUGUCCACCGCUGGUCGGCAAGGCCGAGAAGAUCAUUACUUGGCGCUGGGUAGUGCAGCGUCGCGCCAGCAGCAGCGAAGCCUCCACCUCAAAGGGAGCCAAGCAGUCGCAAUCGGGUGGCAAUCGCAUACGCGAGUAUUUCAUCAAGUGGCACAACAUGUCCUACUGGCACUGCGAUUGGGUCUCUGAGGUGCAGCUGGAUGUGCAUCAUCCGUUGAUGAUACGCUCCUUCCAGCGCAAGUACGACAUGGAGGAGCCUCCCAAGUUUGAGGAGUCGCUGGAUGAGGCGGACACGCGCUUUAAGCGCAUACAACGCCACAAGGACAAGGUGGGCAUGAAGCACACGGACGAUGACGACGAGGCGCUGGAGGAGCGAUUCUACAAGAACGGCGUCAAGCCCGAAUGGCUGAUUGUCCAGCGUGUGAUCAAUCAUCGCACUGCACGCGAUGGCAGCACGAUGUAUUUGGUCAAGUGGCGGGAGCUGCCCUACGACAAGUCCACCUGGGAAGAGGAGGGCGAUGACAUACCUGGUCUACGCCAGGCCAUUGAUUACUAUCAGGACUUGCGCGCAGUCUGCACCUCGGAGACAACUCGUGGCUCCAGCAGCAAGAAAAACAAGAAGGGACGCAAGAAUAAGAAACUGGAACUGGAUGACGAGGAUCGUCCCGUCAAGCAUUACACGCCGCCGCCAGAGAAGCCUACCACUGAUCUCAAAAAGAAAUAUGAGGGCCAGCCUGCUUUCCUGGAUGACACUGGCAUGCAGCUGCAUCCUUAUCAGAUCGAAGGCAUCAACUGGCUGCGCUACAGCUGGGGGCAGGGCAUCGAUACUAUUUUGGCAGAUGAAAUGGGUCUGGGCAAGACCAUACAAACGGUCACCUUUUUGUAUUCUCUUUACAAGGAGGGUCACUGCCGUGGUCCCUUCCUCGUUGCCGUGCCGCUGUCCACCCUGGUCAACUGGGAGCGUGAGUUUGAGCUCUGGGCGCCAGACUUUUAUUGCAUUACCUACAUUGGCGACAAGGAUUCGCGUGCCGUCAUACGCGAGAAUGAGCUGACCUUCGAUGAGAGCGCCAUACGUGGCACCAAAGUCUCACGACUCCGAACCACGCAAUACAAGUUCAAUGUGCUGCUCACCAGCUAUGAGCUAAUCUCGAUGGAUGCCCCUUGCUUGGGCAGCAUUGAUUGGGCUGUGCUGGUGGUGGAUGAGGCGCAUCGUCUGAAGAGCAACCAGAGCAAGUUCUUCCGCAUACUCAACAGCUAUAGCAUUGCCUAUAAGCUGCUCCUGACCGGCACACCGCUGCAGAAUAAUCUCGAGGAGUUGUUCCAUUUGCUCAAUUUCCUCAGUCGCGACAAGUUUAACGAUCUGAACGCGUUCCAGGGUGAAUUCGCGGAUGUGUCCAAGGAGGAGCAAGUGAAGCGUUUGCAUGAAAUGCUGGGACCGCACAUGCUGCGUCGUCUCAAGACCGAUGUGCUCAAGAACAUGCCCUCCAAGUCGGAGUUCAUCGUGCGUGUGGAGCUGUCGGCCAUGCAGAAGAAGUUCUACAAGUUCAUCCUGACCAAGAACUAUGAGGCACUGAACUCCAAGAGCGGCGGUGGCUCCUGCUCUUUGAUUAACAUCAUGAUGGAUUUGAAAAAGUGCUGCAACCAUCCGUAUCUAUUUCCCUCGGCGGCUGAGGAGGCACCGACCUCCGCUGGCGGCAUAUAUGAGAUCAAUUCGCUGACCAAGGCUGCCGGCAAGCUGGUGCUGCUCUCCAAGAUGCUCAAGCAGCUCAAGUCGCAGAAUCAUCGCGUGCUGAUCUUCUCCCAAAUGACCAAAAUGUUGGACAUACUGGAGGACUUCCUCGAGGGCGAGCAGUACAAGUAUGAGCGUAUUGAUCAUGGCGGCAUUACGGGCACAGUGCGCCAGGAAGCAAUCGAUAGAUUCAACGCGCCCGGCGCCCAGCAGUUCGUCUUCUUGCUGAGUACACGCGCCGGCGGCUUGGGCAUUAAUCUGGCCACCGCCGAUACGGUCAUCAUCUAUGACUCGGAUUGGAAUCCGCACAAUGAUAUACAGGCCUUCUCGCGUGCCCAUCGUAUUGGCCAGGCCAACAAGGUGAUGAUCUAUCGCUUUGUCACGCGCAAUUCAGUGGAGGAGCGUGUGACGCAGGUGGCCAAGCGCAAGAUGAUGUUGACCCAUCUGGUGGUGCGUCCCGGCAUGGGAGGCAAGGGCGCCAACUUUACCAAGCAGGAGCUGGAUGAUAUAUUGCGCUUCGGCACGGAGGAUCUGUUCAAGGAGGAUGACAAGGAGGAGGCUAUUCACUAUGACGAUAAGGCAGUGGCUGAACUGCUUGAUCGCAGCAAUCGUGGCAUUGAGGAGAAGGAAUCCUGGGCCAAUGAGUAUCUAUCUUCAUUCAAGGUGGCCUCCUAUGCCACCAAGGAGGAGGAGGAAGAGGAGGAAACCGAGAUCAUCAAGCAGGAUGCCGAGAACUCUGAUCCCGCCUACUGGGUGAAGCUGCUGCGUCAUCACUACGAACAGCACCAGGAGGAUGUGGGACGCUCCUUGGGCAAAGGCAAACGCGUGCGCAAGGUGGUCAACUAUACGGAUGGCGGUGUUGUCGCCGCCGACACCACUCGCGACGACUCUAACUGGCAGGACAAUGGCAGCGAAUACAAUUCCGAGUACUCCGCCGGCAGCGACGAGGACGGUGGCGACGAUGACUUUGAUGAGCAAAACGGCGAACGCAAAGCUAAGCGUCGUCUGGAUCGUCGCGACGAUCGUCCGCUGCCGCCACUUCUGGCUCGCGUCGGUGGCAACAUUGAGGUGCUGGGCUUCAAUGCGCGACAGCGCAAGAGCUUCCUCAAUGCCAUCAUGCGCUACGGCAUGCCGCCCCAGGACGCCUUCAAUUCGCAGUGGCUGGUGCGUGAUCUGCGCGGUAAAUCCGAGCGCAACUUCAAGGCCUACGUCUCUCUCUUUAUGCGCCAUCUCUGCGAGCCCGGCGCCGACAAUGCCGAGACUUUUGCGGAUGGUGUGCCGCGCGAGGGACUCUCCCGGCAGCAUGUGCUCACGCGCAUUGGCGUCAUGUCGCUCAUUCGCAAAAAGGUGCAGGAGUUUGAGCACAUCAAUGGUUACUACAGCAUGCCCGAGCUCAUACUCAAGCCUUGCGAGCCAGUGCGUGCGGGCGUCGCUGGCGUCGUUGCCAAGGUGGAACCAGCGGAUGGUGGCGUUGCAGCAAAGGCGCCGGCAGAGAGCGCCACCACCAGCAAUAGCGCCACGCCUGCUACUAGUGCAGCGCCCAGUCCAGCGCCUGCCUCGGAGAAGAGCGAGGACAAGGCGACGCUGGAGAAGAGCACUCCCGAGAAGCAAGAGGUUAAGUCGGAACCGGAGGCUGAAGGAGAGAGCAAGGCAGCCGAGGCGCCCGUCAAGGAGGAACUGAGCGAGGAGUCGGGUGAUGCCAAGACCACUGAUGCCACUGUAAAGACAGAGCCCACCAAGGUGGAGCCCAAAGAAGAGGCCGGCAAAGAGAAAGAGGAUAAACCAUCGCCUGUUAAGGAACAGCUCAAGGAGGAGCCCAAGAGCAGCAGCGAGGGCGAGGAGAAGGACAAGGCAAGUGAGGAGAAGCCUUCCACCAGCAGCAGCAGCACCACCACCACCACCACCGCUACCACCACCACCAACAUUAUUGAUGAUGAUGAUGACGAUGUUAUGAUUGUCAAGGAGGAUGGUGAGCUAGAGAAGCCCACCGCUGGCGUUAAUGCCAAUGCCAGCGCCAAUGCCAAUUCACCUAAGGAUCAGAAGAAUGCUACCACAGCCACAGCGACCACCAAGGGCGUGGAGGACAGUCUCGAGGUGCUUAAGCGCAAGUUCAUGUUCAACAUUGCCGAUGGCGGCUUCACCGAGCUGCACACGCUCUGGCUCAAUGAGGAGAAGGCAGCUGUGCCUGGACGCGAGUACGAGAUCUGGCAUCGCCGCCAUGACUAUUGGCUACUGGCGGGCAUUGUGACACAUGGCUAUGGACGCUGGCAGGAUAUACAGAACGAUAUACGCUUUGCCAUCAUCAAUGAGCCCUUCAAAAUGGAUGUAGGCAAGGGUAACUUUUUGGAGAUCAAGAACAAGUUUUUGGCUCGUCGCUUUAAACUUCUGGAGCAGGCGCUGGUCAUUGAGGAGCAGCUGCGUCGCGCCGCAUUCUUGAAUCUCGCACAGGAUCCCAGCCAUCCGGCCAUGUCGCUGAAUGCGCGCUUUGCCGAGGUCGAGUGCCUCGCCGAGUCGCACCAGCAUCUGAGCAAGGAGUCGCUGGCGGGCAAUAAGCCAGCAAAUGCAGUGCUGCACAAAGUGCUCAAUCAGCUGGAGGAGCUGCUGUCCGAUAUGAAGAGCGAUGUCUCACGCUUGCCCGCCACGCUGGCUCGCAUUCCGCCCGUGGCGCAGCGCCUGCAAAUGUCGGAGCGCUCCAUACUGUCGCGCCUGGCAGCAACCGCUGGCAAUGCCUCCAAUGCGGCCCAACUGAUGGCUCAGUUCCCGGAUGGUUUCCAGGGCACUAGCCUGCCAGCCUUUACGGCCGGACCCGCAGGCAAUUUCGCCAACUUUAGGCCACAGUUCUCGGUGCCCGGGCAGUUGUCCAACAAUGCUGGCUCCUAAGCGAAUACAAAUUCCAUGGAAAUUAAUUACAUAAUGAGCUAAGAAUUUAAGCAUUAACAGCAGCAGCCGCAGCAGCAACCACAUGCAUUAACCAAUACGCAUAUAUAAUUCUAUUUAUCAUAAAUAAUCAUUUGCAAUGAAAUUACUAUUAACCGUUCUCAAAUUAAACAUUUUACCCUCAGCUAAUGACAAUUUAUGAUUAUAAUGCUUAUCGAAAAUGCAAUCAAGCACGCAAUUUCAAGUGCACCAUAUAAUUUUAAAGUGCACAUUGAAGUUGCGUACCUCGAAAA